CCAUCAUCUCAGCCCAAGCUGCGUCACUGUUGCCGGGCCAUGGUUGCCGUGUGCGUCGAAGGGUGGGGUGAUCCAACCUAUCGCCUGUUACCGCCCUUUACACUAGGGAGCUUGCAGAUGCAUCAUGUCGAACAAGGAGGAGGUGCUGCCCGGUCGACAAGUACCUUACUUCCUGCCCAAAUACAAAGAAGCCUUGAUACCCGCCCCGCUCGCCUCCUCUCUUUCCGCCCGGCUUCACGACUUCGCUCGCAUUUCACCAUCCCCCAAUACCCCGCUAUUGCCCAGCCGACAAUCCAUACCAGAGACUUGAAGCAUUAAUUGCAUCAUGGCGGACGAAACCAUUAAGCCCGUCGACGAGACCCCUAUCUCACCCAGCCGACCCAACCCGGCGCGGAAGAACUCACUCGAGUUCCACUUGAGCCACCGACCGGAUCGUCAGGAGCUUGUUAAGAAGAACAUCCUCCCUGCGUCAACAGCCGCCCCAGGCCUCCAGGCGCACCAGAAAGAUCUUGAGAGGCACAUGCGGGCCGACUCGCUGAACGAGAAGAUUGCUCAUCGGCCCUCCCCGGAGGCGCUGCUGAAAGACGGCGUUCUUCAUGACGACCCACGCUCGCCGGAUGAUAAAUAUGCCGAGGCAAUCGAGGAGGAAUACGCCAAGCGGGAAGGCGGCGCUUAAGAAGCAUACCGUCGCACAGGGGAUGUUGUUUUUCGGAAGGUUUCCCGAAUGAAGUACACAUGGGACUUUUGGGUUUAGGUUCCCUGAUAUCGUACCAGUACCUGCUCAGCUACCGAGAUCGCACGCUUCUAAAUGCGUUGGUUACCAGGACAUCCUCCAUCUAUAACACGAUAAGACGUUUCCCUUCAAGCCUCAUGAUGCUCAAUGCAGACCACAAAAAGGGCCUUGUAUGUACACAACCCCAAAAGGCAUGUGGCUGAUUGGCUGUCGCUACAAACCAGUCAGCGACUCGUGCAUGGGGACGCAAUAUCUUCAUAGACAGAUUACCAUUAGCAGCUAU